AUGGGAGAACUGCUGCUCUAGCUGGAUAUCCUGAACUCAGCCUGAACUUAGGAAAACCUUGUCCCUUUACACCUGGCACCAAGCACAUACAAUGGGCACAGGGGAUUAUAUCUGCGUUGUUAUGACAGGAGGAGCUCCCUGGGGGUUCAGAUUGCAAGGUGGCACAGGACUACAGGAGCCACUGAACGUGUCCAAGGUUCGAAGCAUGAGCAAAGCAUCCAUUGCUGGAAUGUGCGUGGGAGAUGAAGUUGUAUCCAUUAAUGGGAAGCUGUGCAAUGACAUACCAUACGCAGAGGUUGUCCAACUGAUUGAGAAAGCAACUGAUAACCUACAGAUGCUUGUGAAAAGAACCAUGAGCAAGACAUUGGUUCCUCAGAAUCGUAAUGGAGACGGUGAAUUUGUAAAUAGAGAUGAAUAUACAGAGAGCAGCACCUUGGAGAUUAGGCCUGCCAUGGAAUCCACACCUAGGACUCUUAAUAUCCCUGAAAAACAAAAUCAUUCUAUUCUUAUGAGAACAGAGGGAAGCACAGCUUUAACGAAUAAAGACGUGAAUGUGAUUCCCAAGAUUACCCAUAAUGUAAUUGAAAUUCCAAAGACUUGUGUGACAGGUGAGAUUCCUUUGGUAGGAAGAGGAGAACAAGCAAGACAAGGUGCUAUGGUUGAACUACACCUCUCGCUUUCACCAGACAUGCAACUAGGACCUGGUACUCCUAUUGUGACUGUUUUAGGUGCAGAAAAAGCGAAAUCUUCAGAAAUCAAACACAGUGAACAGCCAGGUGGAUCUGUCCCAGUGACCGAAGUCUGCCUUAGUCAGAGAGAGCCACCUGUCCAGCAGUCAUCUACAACAUUCCAAAUUGUGGGUAGACCACAAACAAAAAUUAUUCCUGUAGCAGAAGCAAAUGAUCCAUCUUUCCCCAGGGUUGAAUUAAUCCUAGACUGCUCUGGCAGAGAGAAGGAGUCCAGGUCUCUGUCUGACAGGGGGUGUGCUAUAUCUGGAGAGGAAGGAGGGCAGUUUGAGGCACCUCCUUCUGCUGUCUCCUUUGUAAUCACAGCAGAAGACUCAGAGCAAGGAGAGGAGGAUCAACAGGCAGAAAGGGAUCACACAAGACCUAACAAACAUAGGGCAAGGCACGCAAAGCUUAGACGGAGCGAGAGUUUGUCAGAAAAGCAAGUGAAAGAAGCCAAGUCUAAGUGUAAAACAAUUGCCCUACUGCUGACAGCUGCUCCAAACCCAAGAUCCAAGGGGGUGUUGAUGUUUAAGAAGCGUCGUCAAAGGGCCAGGAAAUAUACCUUAAUUAGCUACGGAACUGGGGAGCUUGAGCGUCAAGAGGACGACGACGACGACGACGAAAACGAGGACGAAGAAGACAAAGAAAAUACUUUCAAAGUCGCUUUUUACGGAGCAAGUGAAUCCGAUCUAGAUGACGAUUUCUUCUCAGACCCUGAAAACGAAGCACAGGUUGUGACUUUUGACUGGGAUACUGGUCUUGUUGAGGUUGAAAAGAAACUCAAAAGUGGUGAAGCCAUGGAAGAGCUUCCAGAGACAAAAGGUAAAGGGGUCCUAAUGUUUGCAAGAAGGAAGCAAAGAAUGGAACAGAUAACAGCAGAGCAAGAAGAAGUGAGAAAGCAUAUUAUGGAAGAGAAGGUGUCUAUGACAGAGAUAAACAAUGGAGUUGCCUACAACGAUCAGCAAAGAGAGACAAUUAAAACCCAAAGCUGUGUGAGUAAGAGUUAUAUAGAGGUCAGUCAUGGAAGAGUGCAAAAUGGCAUUGCUGGUGUCCAUGAAUUAAACUCACCCUUUUCAAUGCCUGAGAAUUCAGGACUAAAUGUGUCAGCUAAACCAUUUGGAGUAAAUCAAAAUCGGGCUGCACUGCCAUUUUCAUCUAGUAGAAAUAUAACAAGCCCUGUGUCAGAUGUACCCGCACCACCUCCUUACUCUUCGGUAACUCCACCUCCUGAACCAAUGUAUCACGUAUCCUCACCAGUAGCAAGCAAAGUCCAGGCAGCUGUGUGGUCACCCACGUAUCCAAAUGAACAAAUAGCUUCUAGAGAUGAAAGAAUUGCAGUUCCAGCAAACAGGACAGGAAUACUACAGGAAACAAAGCGAAGAAGUGCAAAACCGAUGUUUACCUUCAAAGAACAACCAAAGGUUAGCCCUAAUCCAGAACUUCUCUCACUGGUACAGGAUAGGGAAAGUAAGCGUAGCACUGGGGCUGGCAAUGAAUCCGGACCAGAAGAAGAUUACCUUAGUUUGGGAGCAGAAGCCUGCAAUUUUAUGCAAGCUCAGAAACAAAAAACACCUCCACCUGUUGCUCCAAAACCUUCAGUCAGAUCUCCCACAACAAUGACACCUGUUUCACCAGUGUGGAUACCUCCAUCUGUAGCCACAGCACCACCACAAGUGUUCCCAAGUCAAAACAUUGCUCAGAGUACAAGUCCCCCUCAGGUCAUAGUUCCACAGCCAACUACCCAGUCUUACAAUCCUCCAACAACUCUUAAUUUGGCAGGUCCUAACAGAGGUCCUUCCACAGAAGCUGCUAGUGCAAACCAAACGUGUGCACCCAAAACACCGCUUACACCUACACAUGGUAUUGCUGCAGUUGCUGGAGGAGUAGGACCAGCUUAUGAAAUGCCAGCUUUAAGAGGUAAAGGUGCAGAGCUUUUUGCCAAAAGGCAAUCUCGGAUGGAGAAAUAUGUUGUUGAUUCAGCUACUGUACAAGCUCAUGCAGCUCGACCAAUUUCUCCAACUCCAUCUUUACCUUCUUCCUGGAAGUAUUCAUCAAAUGUCCGAGCGCCUCCUCCUUUGGCAUACAAUCCAAUCCAGUCACCACUUUAUCCACCAGCAGCUAAUAAAUCUAGUUCCAAACCUGGAUCUUCUGUGUCAAAGAACACCAAGAAAAAGCCUACAAAAGCUCUCAGCCCUCUCGAAGUCAUGAAGCAUCAACCAUACCAACUUAAUUCUUCCUUAUUCACCUUUCAACCUCCAUCUGAGUCCACACCAAGCACAGCAGUCACUAAGCAAAAUUUUAAAUCAGACUCUCUGCCACCUGUACGACAAGCUCAGUCUAUGAAACCAGUCAACGUUGCGUCUAAUACAAAUUUCCACACAGCAGCACCUGUUUACCCUCAGUCAUCCAACAACAUAGAACCUUCGUUCCAAACAAGUGUGUUCACACCAGCUGAGUCCUGUUCUCCCGUGGGGUAUCCAAUGUAUCCUAGACAAGAAUCACCAGUAGGAGCACUGAUCCCUCCUCCAAGGCCGAAGUUUUCUGCAAAGAAGGCUGGCGUUGCAGCCCAGGUGUGGAAACCAGAAGUUGGUGAAGAAUAGUUUUGAAUCUGGAACCUUGUUUCCUCUUAUAAAGAAAUAAAUUGUUUGCAGUGAUGUUCUGACAUACCAAAUAUCACAUUUGCCAAGUCCUAGAUAUACUUAAUACCAUAACAUUGUAUCAUCCUUAAAUCUGGGUCCAAAUCUUUCAUUUGAAUGUAUCUAGGGAUACCCAUGUACACAUUUAAGACAGUAUUCAUGUGUAAUUGAUACCCCACAUGGAUGCAUACAGUUGUAUACUAUUAAGUAAUCAGGACUGCAUUUUAUGUAUUAAGAAAUAGUAAUAAUGAACAAUGUCCCCUAUGCUAAAACUAUUAUCCAAUACAUUUCUGUUAGCUACAGUUUUCACAGUAUUAUACAUUUAUUUAAGCCCUACUACGAUGGCUGAAGCCAUUUUGGGUGAUUUUUUUUUAGAAUGUAUUUGCAAGUAACAUUUAGGUUAAAUUAAUAUCAGUGACCUUAAGUACAGAGAAAUGUCACAGACAAUAUAGGUCAUUAAGUAGUCCAUAAUGGAGUAGUAGACCAUCAUGUAAACAAAGGAGCCUCACCCUGUCCUCACAGCCGCUUUUGAAGUAUAAACAUAUUGUUUGCUCAGCCCAUCUUGUAUCUACAUUUCUAGAACCAAAGCUCAAAAGGUCAUUUUCAAAAUAUUUAUUCUGUCGUUAUAUAAAGAGACAGUUUGUGCAUCAGCUUAAAUACAUGGUUCAAAAGUGGAUCCCAUUUCAUUUUGAAUCUGACAUUUGUUUCAAGUAGGCUACAUAAGCUAUGUGUCUUACAUGAAGGUUAAAUUCUAUACUACACUGAUACCAAGGGAAUCAGAAUAUUUCUUAUGCUGGAUGAAUUUCACCCAUAUUAUCAAGGUGAAGUAAACAUGUUGUAUUUAUUAUUUUGUUAUUAUAAUUUACAUUUGUUGGACAUGUGCUUACUUCUAGUAAUGGAAUUUUAUUCUUUAACUUAAUAGAUCUUAGAGCUCUAGAUAUAGAUUAGAAUGGACCCUGGGUCCAUAUGUAGAACACAACCUUUUCCAUCAUGCCCCAUCUCUACUUUACAGCUUGUGACAUACUCACAUUUGACUAGCGGAUUAUGAGAUUUAAUGUCCUACCUGUAUUGUUGCGUUUGUGGGCAUAUCUGUGCAAAAUCAUUGUCUCAAAUUGGGCUGCGCAGGAUGUUUUUACAAACCCUCUCCAGAACAUUUGGCUCACCUUUAGACAUAACUUUAUAUUCUCUGAGGACUUUUUCAUUUUAAUUUAACGGAAUAGAAAUAUGUAUGUUCAUUAAUGGAGCACAAUAUAACUGCUAGCUGUAGUAACAUAUUAAAAAAAUUAUUUGGUGGUUUAAUGUCAUCAUUAAGAAACUUAUGCCCAAUUUAAGUCCCUUGGCAUUUAUAACUCAUCCAACCUCUAAUUUGUAACCAUCAUGCAGCUGAUCACAUCCUUCACAAACAUUGCUAUUUUUUUACUUAGAUGCCAAUUAUAAAUUUUUGAUACUUUGAUAACCCAUAAUCACUGGAUAUUGUAGACAUUUUCAAAAUAUGUUAAAGAUGGGGGCAACACUUAAAGGUUCACUAAACGGUAACUUGUAGUGGGUUAAAAACAAUUGAGCUGCAAAAUUCAGGAUUAAAUAACACAGCAGUGCCUAUAUCUAGGUUGGAGAGUUGGCCUAAAUCAGCUAUUUUAACCAGAAUUUCGCAGUUAGGUUUAAAUUCACAAUAUUCCUGCUUUAUGUCGGAUGCUACUUUAUUUCAUUUGUAAUUUAAUCUCUAUAUUACCACUUUAUUGAUACUUUACUAGCAAAUUCACAGGACUACCUUCUCAAUAACCCUAGUCCCAAGGAUAUUACCUUUAGAUGUUAGUAAUUUUGAAACAGAACACUACAACCAAAAUCAGUCAUAUAUUCACAAAUAUGAAUAUAUAUUUUGUAAAGCUAUCUCCUUCUAUGCCCUAAGGAUGCAGUUUACUACCUGUUGUUUCACUGCACUCAACAUCCUCAUUUAGGAUGUAAUGGGAGUUGUAGUCUAGCAGGAAAGUGGAGAUGCCAUUUGUUCCAUCUUGCACUAUUUUUUGUACAGAAUGGGAAUAGUCUCAAUAAGUACACAGUAGUGUACAUUUUAAUGAGUACUUUUCCUAGAAUGAAGAAAGGUGAGAGAAGCGUGUAGUAUUGUCUUAUAACGUUUGUGUAUUUCCCCAAGUAUUCUGUUUCAAGAGUGUAGAGAGAGACAGAGAACACGAGAUGAUGAUAUGUGUGUAUGCGUUAUUUAAGAGAAUGGUUCUGUAACUGCAUGGCUGUUCAAACAGCUGUAAAUACUAGGGCCCACUUCUCAGCCACUUGAGAAAGAAGUUAAUUAAUCAGCAAUACAUGAUGCCAUCACAGCAUUGGCAUGCUGGGUGCUGGUAUUUACCAGCAGUGCUAAAUAAAGCAUCUAAGUUACAAGUCUCAGAUUUACAGGAAGCCAGCCCUCAAAGUACACCGUUUUAUAAAUGGCUUGGAAACAUAGUCAUAACUUCUAACUAAUGAAUUGAUUGAAGUACGGCCCCUAUUCUAUUAAGCACAUUCAUAGCUUGCAUAUUUUUGGCACUAUGUUAAAAUGCUUUGAAUGUAUAAACCACAGCACAGUUUAAAAAAAAAAAAAAAAAAGAAAAGAUGACACAAGCUUCUAAGUAAAAAGUGUUUAAUUUGUAAUUUUCAAGCACUAAAUUCUUCUGCAAGGAAUAUAUAAUUCAGUCUAUUUUGUGGCAAAUUGAAUAUGCUUUUAGAAGGAACACCUGAAGGGAAGAGAAUCAUUUUUACUAACUUAAAAAAAAUAAAAAAAAUAAAAAUAUUUUUUUUAAGCCGGCAUCAGAUGAAAUACAGUCAAGUAGAAAGAGUCCAUUACUAUGCAUCAACAAUGCAAUGGGAUGCCAGGCAAUGCAAUAAUAAUAAUACUGGUAAGCAUAACCGAGUUUUUUAACAAAGCAAAAUAAUACUACUGAGCAAUCAUUAACAGCUUAACAUAGUGUACGGUACAGCUUAAUAAAGUGGUUCUGGUGUCUAUAGCCUGUCCCUGCAGUCUUAACACUGCAAGCACUGUUUAUAUCGCUGGCUUGUAACAACUCUAGUAGCAGUCACUCAGAUGGCCACAGAGGUACUUCCUAGUCCAGGGCUGCACAGUGCAUGGAGAU